GCGAAAACUCGAUGUUGACGUGAGUCUGAUUUUACAUUUGUAUAAUUGUUAGUAUUAAUAGAACUGUGAUUGUUUUCGGAUCUUAAAAAUCAAAUUGUGGAACAUUGAUUAAUCCAUUUUUAGUAAAAUAUUUAUUAUAUUCAUCAAACAUCAAACCGUUUUAAAUAUAUUAUUUCAUCGGUAUCGAAGCAUUCGUCACACUGAAAAAAUGGGGCCAACUUCAAUAAAUCGAGAAUAUUUUCUUACAAGACCGAAUGCUGAGGUUCUCAUUAAUUUGGUAAAUUAUUUAAAUGAUAACGAAAUUGAAGAAGAACAAUUAGAGGAUAAAAAUGUUCUGAGGACUAUAAUACGUGAUGGGAUGAAAAGAUAUAUGAACCAACCACCUCCGUCCAUGUACUUAGACACGUUUAAAAGUACAAUUAUUACUUUUACAACGGAUUAUUUAAAAACUGUAAAUUUAUAUCGCAUCAAUGACGCCGUACUUCUUGUGGGAUGCAUUGAUUAUAUUUUGUUUCCUGGAUUGGACGAUGAAGAACUGAGAAAAAUAUAUCAUUGUAGCCACGUAAAGGCGAAAAAGAUAUAUAAUAAAUUGCACGGUUUCCCAGAACAGAAAGAACAAAACGAUAAUAUAGUUAUAGCAGCUAGACAAUUUUUUGAAUGCCUAAUUUUUAUAAGAAAAAGUGAAUUUUUAAAAACAAUUCGAAAUUACUUGAGAGGCCUUGAGAUAGACUCUAACGAACUACAAUUUAUACGAACAAAAUCUAUUGAAGUAAUUGAAGAAAAGGCAGCUAACGUCAUUGCUCAACUACCAGUAGAUCGUNGGAUGACAUCGCUCGAUCCAAUUUUAAAUGAAAACGAGCCAAGAAAUAUUUUUAAUGCAGAUUUGUUCGUUGACGGAGUACAUGGAAAAUCCUUGAAAAUUGAUGAAAUUUUCAAUAUUUAG